AGCUUUAGUUAAGGAUUUGAUUCAUCCCCAAAAUAUUUACCCAAAUUAACGAACUCUCACUAAAUUUCUAGGUUUCACUCAAACUAACCUUUGCUCCACACACACACAGUUUGUGUUUGUGUAUAUCAUGAAUUCCUGAAAAUUUGAUAUUUGUUGGAUUCAAUGCUAAAACUGAAUUCUGCUUAUUCCACGCCGCCAUUCCAUCGAAGCUUCUGUUUUAUGCUGUUGAGUAAGUGAUUGAGUGUUUAUUCGUAUUUAUUUUCCGGCUGUGGUAGUCAUGGGUAGGAGGAAGCAAAUUCGGCCACGUAGAACUGGGGGAGCGGUAGAAGCACCGACGUCUGAAUCAGAAUUCAACAAAGAUGGCGCUGCGCAUCACGGAAAGGAUGGAUUGGCUGCAGCUGAAGAACAGUUUUUUGUCGAAAUGGAUAAGUCUAGUUGGGGUAGUGUGGAGCAUUACGAUAUCUCUGAAAUUGUUUUGAUGAAUUUGGCGGUGAGUGAGGAGUUUUGCGGCUACAAGUUGUCUGAGGAGUUUUACAGCGAUUCUCGGUGCUACUUGAGGUUUAAAUUGAGCAAUGUGAAUGAGCAUCUCGUUCGUAUGAAAUUAGGGAAUUGGCCGGUUUUGCGGGAGAGUGACAUAUGCCUGCAGUUUGUGAUGAAACGCACGGCUGAGGAAGCGGAUACGGAUGUGGUAAUGGCGUCUGGAACUGUUGAUGGGAGUGAUGAAGGAGUGACAGGGCUUGUGCAUUUGACUAGUUUGAGAUACUUGACUGUUAGGCCUGUUUUAGGAGUCGAGUUUUCGGAGGGCAUGCCAUCUGUAUCUAUCCGGGUUGAGAUUCUAGGGAGUGUGUUUGAUGAGUGUGAGUCCCUCCUCGAUAAUACAAGGCAGCUCUGGAAGAAAAGUAUGAUGAAUGUUAUGUCAUGGCUGCGGCCAGAAGUUAUGACUUCAGAGGCUAGAUAUGGAUAUAAUGAUGUUAUGAAUAUGGAAGCCGACGAGCUUCUUGUCGCUGAUGGUGAUACUCAUGCAUCAAGACAACAAGUGAAGUUUGAAGUCUCUCGCUUUUAUGAAGCUAUUAAGCCAUCAAAGGACGCACCAAUGCUGGAGGAUAACCUUCCAGGCUUGCUCCCUGAACUACGACCAUACCAGCAUCGUGCAGCUUACUGGAUGGUCAAGAGAGAAAAAGGUGAUUUCGAGCAUUUAGGUGGCAAAGAAAGAAGUCAGAUUAUAGCUCCUCUAUGUAUGCCUCUAAAUUUGAUCGACACAUCUAGAAGAAUUUAUUACAAUCCUUUUAGUGGAAACGUCUCAUUACAUGGUACCUGCUCCGCAUCAUAUGUUUCUGGAGGGAUUCUCGCUG